UACAUUUCAGAUUAGUUAUCGGCGUCCCUACAACUCAACUUCUUACCGACGGAAUUUCCGAAAUCCUAGUUUAAAAAUGGUCGUCUUGGAUAAGUCGACGGAAAAUUUUAUUCUAGACGUGCCGUUCGAGGAACCCGAUUCGACACUUCGGGAAGAGCGGAAAAAGACAGGGCGCUACCUAGCGGUCGGCGUAGUCUUAUUCCUGGUAAUUAUAGGCUUGUAUCACGCCAUCUCGUAUGGGUCUACGAAGAUGUCAGCGCUACUGGGCGCGGCGCUCACCAUGUUCCUUUAUCUUCUCUGGCUGCUGUACGCGGCUCAAAGAAGAAAAAGACUCCAAAAGGAAGGCGAGAAACAUCUGGAGAAGCACGUCACUGACGUCUUGCUAAACAUGAACAAUAGGAAAAGUACUUCGUUCUCGGAAGAGUCUCACGACAAUUAUACAUACGCGUCAGAAGAAGAAGUGAACAAGUUUAAGCGGAAAGAAGAAGUCGAUAUCCCAUUCGUAAAUAAGUGUAACAAUUCUGGUAGCGAAGUAGUUUCUGCCACGCCUAUAAAUCAACACGAAAUUUUCAUUAGAACUUAUUCGAUAGGUUAGACGGCAUAUCCGACACAAAGUAAGGACAAGGUAUUUCUUCCUUUGAUAAUUCCAUCAUUUCAAAAGUUUUUACUGCACUCCAUUAGAAAAAUUGUAAUUUCUGUUACUUUUUUAACGAAAAUAAACAAGCUGGUAGAACAAACUUCUCCUUAACAUAUAGCCCACCGUUCAAAAUUUCAAUUACUUCUAAUUUAUUACAGUUAAUAGAUAAUUUAAGUUAAACAGAAAAAAAGCUUUUCAAUGCAAAAGGGAUAUGAGAGAACAAUAUCGCCAUUGCGGUUAGUAAACUAAGAAUCAAUUUGCUGUUGAAGAUAUCGAAGAUGGAACAAAAUACACCGACUGCGUAAUAUAAGGGUACCGUUGACGGACGGAUAUGAAAAUUUGAAAAAAAAAAUUAUCCGACAAGAGAAAAUGAUGGAAAUUAUUUUCGAUUUUCUGAAAUGUCACCAAGGCAGUAAUCGUUAUCAUAAAUUUUAAAAGUCGGGUUCUAUAAAAAAAAUAUAUCAACUAUAUUCACAGUGAGAACUAUCUUAUAGCUGCGAACAAUCUAAAUAUUUUUGGUUUAAUGCUGUUUGCUUUAUCUCCACAAGUAAAGUGGUGAGGAGGUUUCGAACAUAUUCUUAAAUAAAUAAUAAUAAUAAUAAUAUGUCUUUAUUCAUGUUGACAGAAUAUUUACAAAAACUUAUAAAGUAGGUGGCGGUAUUCAACAGAGUUGCUCAUACAACCACCAGAUUAACCAAAUAACAUAUAAAAUAUCCAAAACACAGACUAAGAGAAUAACAAGAUAACCAAAGUAUAUCAUUAUAACGAGAGUAAUGUACGAUUGUCACAGAUUACUGUAGUUUAAGAUUACUCAUGUUUAAUAGGACGGUAGAAAGUAAAUAACCUUUCAUUGAAAAUUGAGAUCGUGGGGGCACAUCUGACACUGGAAGGUAAUUUAUUAAAACAUUUUGAUUCCUGGUACGUAAAAGAACAUUGAAAUAAGGUUGUACUAUGCUUAACCAACCGUAAGGAGUUCACGACUACGAGUUAGCCUGUUAUGGGUAUGGACACCUCUAACCAACUUUUCAUAUAAAUUGAUAGGUUCGCGAUGGAGUGGAAUUUUAUAUAAAAAACGGAAAAAAUUUGGCCCACACCUCCAAAAAACUUAACAUAUUUUAAUGAACUUGGAGUCGUUCAAAAGGGCAUUUCCUAGAGUACCAACAGGUGGAGUUUUGUGACGUCAUCAUCAAAAUAUGAAAGUAACAAUAUGAUCUUUUUAUGUCAUUAUGUCAAGUACAGGUCCAACACCCCAAUAAAAACCGCAUCCCAAAAUAUAAAUAUAAGAACUUAAUGCUCAAUAAAAAGUUCGAGUUUUAGAAAAUUUUCUAUUUUACGGGUCAUUAUUAAUGUCUAAUUAUCCCAAAUUUUGCAAAUAAAAAGCUCAUCUAUUAUUUCGGAUGUCAAAUGACAUUUAAAAUAAUCAAAAUA